GGAUGCCUCUUCCCCUUUUGUGUACCACCUGGCGGUGCAUUGCCCCCAGAUCUCCGGUAGCGCGUGGCAGUUGGUGAAGUUGCCGAAAACGGCCAAACUUCAAGACCUGCAGCAAGCCGCCUGCGCGGCCUUUGGGGAAGCUGAUUCUUCAGAGUUCAUGUUCUACCCUGUGGAGCGGAAGACCAGGGAUGGAGCCUGUGUGAAGCUUGGGGAACAGAUCAGGGAAAUUGGAAGCCUGGAUUUGUUGCUCUUAGCUCUGCCCCCCCGAUCAUCUGCAGGUGAUUCAGCUGGUCUUUGCCCAGGAAGCACCCCAGCCGGCAGAAGUGCCACAAGGCCCCAAAGCCUUCCCUGUGUGUGGCAUUUGCUGGCCCUUGGUCGGCACCAGCUAUCAGCACAAGGGACCUUAUCCGAUUUCAGAGUAUAACUUUGCCCAGAAUGUCUUUCCUACCACUGGCAAGUACCCCUACGGCCCUACCGUUCGAUCUUACGAAGGUCGGAAGCAAGAUGUUGCAGAGUUUGGUUCUGCAGUCUUUCAUGAGGAUGCUCAAUACACGGAGACCAUGACUGCUGAUGCCAACAUUGUCCAAGAGCUGAUCGCCAGAGCUGCAGACUUUCCUAAACUUUGGAACCGAGAUGUUGAAGUUGGUUUGCAGGACUUUACUGCAAAUGGGCUUUUCACCAGCAGUGAGAAGUCCGAGGAUUGGAAGACUGGCCACAGUCUUCUGCCUCGGGGCUUCAAUCAGAUCAAGGUGAAGGGUUUCGCACCGCAAAUCUUGGCGAAGACUCGUGCCUUUGUUGGGGAAUGGUCGAAAUUUGAAGCGGGCGAAUUGGUGGAAGAUGUGAACGAAUGGCUGACCGCCAUGACGGCAGAUGCAGUGGUGUCCUGUAGCAUGGGAAUGGACAUGUGCAACGUGGAACGCUUGGGCUCCAAGCAAGCGCCUCACAAGUUUGUGGAGACCUUCCGUUUUGGCUUGGGCGUAUCAAUCGGAAGCAUCACUGCACAGUCCGAGUACGGCCUCAAGCGCUUCUUGCCCUUCUUUGAUGCUGAAGGUCAGCUUCAGGAGAAGUACCAGGCCAGCAAGAAGGAGAUGCAGAGACAAGUAGAAGUCCUUGUGGAAGCUACCAGACGAGGUGAGCUGGGUGACAACUCCAUCAUUGCCACCAUGCUGAACGACACGAGUGCCGAUGGCAAGCGGGUUCGCUACAGUGCUCUUUAUGGACAUGUUGUGAAUUUGAUGAUCGCAGGUCAUGAAACCACUGCCGCCACCUUGGGCUUCACCUUGCAGCUGCUGGCUGAGCAUCCUGUCUAUGAAGAACGGGCCUUGGAGGAGGUGCGCCAGGUGUUGCAGGGUCGUACCGAGCCCGCUGUGGACGAUGUGCCCAAGUUGCAAUUCGUGGAACAAUGCUUCCGCGAAGCCCUGAGGCUUUACAGCCCAGUGACUUCCAUCACCAGAGAUGUGGCGCAUGAUACCUUGCUGGGAGGUCAUCGAGUUUAUCAAGGUGAGAGGAUCAACCUGGUGACUCGCGCUUUGCACACGAACCCUGAGUACUGGGGUGGUGAGUUUGGAGAUCCAAUGAGCUUCAACCCAGAUCGCUUCUCACCCGAGGCAGUGAGACAGCGACAUCCCAGCGCCUAUCAUCCUUGGGGUUUUGCCAGUCGUGCUUGCAUUGGUAGCCAGUUUGCUCUCUUCGAGGCUAAAACCUUCUUAGCGUCCAUCUUGAUCCACUUCAGGCUGCAAGGCAUUCCGGGAUACAGGUUGGUGGCCAGCUGCGAAGGCGGAGGGGCUGCACCUUCCGCUGAAAAGUUGGCCUUCCGUGUGUUUCCCAGGCCCGGUGGACCAUUGUGGGCUGAUGGUCUCAUGUUGCCAUUGGCUCUCCCAGUGGCAGAGGCCAAGGAGUCAAUGGAAGAGGAUCGCGCCAGCAUCAGUACCGUGAGCAGCUGAAUCCAUGGGGCCUCAUAAUUGAUGCAUGAUUCAUGAUUCUCACUGGUUCUCGGCAGCUUGGUUUGCCUUUUGUACAGAUCGGGAAUGGUCCCGUAGAUCCUGUCACAAGCUGGAAGUGUUCCAACCUU